AUGUCUGAUCCUAAGGCUUUGAGGUCGGAGAUUAUUGCUAGAGGUCCGUUGGAUCCUAAAGAGGCUAGAUGGACGAGAUUAGUCAAGACUACUUACCGGGAUCCUACCGGUGUAGAAAGGACGUGGGAGUCAGCGGAGCGGCAGACCCGCCCAGCAAACUGCGCAAUCGACGGCGUGGGAAUCGUGACCAUUCUCAACAAGUCGACGGGUCCAGAACUCCUUCUCCAGAAACAGUAUCGUCCUCCUAUUGACAAGGUGGUUAUUGAGGUUCCGGCGGGUCUCAUAGAUGCUGGGGAGACGGUGGAAGAAUGUGCCGUGCGCGAGCUUAAGGAGGAAACGGGAUAUGUGGGAGUGGCGGAGCAAACGAGUACUGUGAUGUAUAAUGAUCCCGGUUUCUGUAACACAAAUCUCAAUAUGGUUCACGUCCGAGUAGACAUGUCCUUGCCGGAGAACCAGAACCCGCAGCCACAGCUCGAAGAAAACGAAUUCAUCGAAUCGUUCACAGUGCCGCUGGCCUCGCUUUUCAAUGAAAUGAAAAAGCUUGAGGCCGAAGGAUAUGCUAUUGAUGCCCGUGUGGGAACAAUAGCAGAGGGUAUCGAACUUGCACAGAAGUGGAAGCUAUAG